AUGCCUUCGGUUCGCAUAAAUCCCAGGGACGGCACGCACUUGAGCUACAGACAAGUCCAGGCCAAAUGGCUGAAGGAACUGAGAGAAGCUCGGAAAGCUAGCAGGCUUCAGCAGGCAGCGCAAAACGACGCGACGGUUACUGACGCCAACAAUUCGCCUUCGGAACAAUCUACACUUCAGACAAACACGCCUCUGAGCACUGCGUUGGCUUCUCCGCAGCAGGCCUCUGCCGGCCCCAGUUCUACUGCAGUCGCCCAUGUCGACGAUCAUCGAAUGGGAAGUCCAUCGCCGGAUGACCACCAAGAGGGGAUUUCUCCCGCUGUGCUUUCUUCAAACAUACCUGCAGCGGUAUCAACUCCAUCCGGAGCUAUUCAACUGUCCAAAGACCAGCGACGAAUCCUUGAUGAAGUAAAGAAGGGCAGAAACGUGUUCUUUACAGGACCAGCUGGAACAGGCAAGUCUGUGCUCCUAAGAGAGAUAAUUGCAUGGGCAAGGAGUCACUACGGUGAAAAACAAGUCGCAGUAACCGCAUCGACAGGAAUUGCGGGGCUCAGCAUCGGUGGCUCGACGGUUCACUCGUUUGCAGGCAUUGGAUUAGGCAAGGAAUCUGCCGACAAAAUCGCUUCAAAGAUUUUGGACUCUCCAGGCAAUGUCAAGAAACGGUGGAGGCAAACCAGAGUCAUGGUCAUCGAUGAGAUCUCCAUGCUCGAUGGAUCACUUUUUGACAAACUGGAUGAAAUAGCUCGCAUCGUUCGAGCUACAGAUCGACCUUUCGGUGGCAUUCAACUCGUCCUGACUGGCGACUUCUUCCAACUUCCGCCGGUCCCGGACAAAAGUCACAAUUACGAAGGAAAGGCUACGUUCGCAUUCGGGGCAAAACAGUGGCCCAGGUGCAUCGGUCAGCCCAUGUUCCUGCGCCAGGUCUUCCGUCAAACAGAUAAUACUUUCAUCGACUUACUCUCAUCAAUACGCCUCGGCAAGCUAGAGAACAGACACAUUGAAAUUUUGAAUAGUCUGCAGCGGCCUAUUCACUACACCGAUGGUAUCGGCCCUACUCAUUUGUACCCGAGAAAGGUCGAAGUAGAAGGGUUUAAUAAUAGGAAAUUAACGGAGCUUCCAGGGCCCGAGUUCCAAUACGAGUCGACAGAUAGCGGAGGAUACGAUCCAUUUGGAAAUGUUGUCCCCGGUGAUAGUGUACGCACUCUCCUGGAGAGGAUGAUCGCCCUCAGCAGCGUCACUCUCAAGAUAGGUGCGCAGGUCAUGUUAAUCCAGAACGUCAUCCAAGGAAAGUUGGUCAAUGGAAGCACGGGCAAAGUAGUUGAAUUUCUCACCAUUCACGAAGCUUUGCAACGCGACAUUGCCAUUGCCGAACUCAACGAGAAGCCUCGCAGGCGACAUCCUGGGAAAGAUGCAAAGAAGAAGGAAGACCGAUCCAAGGAUGAGAUUCUGGAAGACCUCACCCGACAAAUCCAAGGGACAGCGCACGACUAUGAGUUGCGCAGAAUCAACAACAACGUCUUCAGUACGAGCCAGUAUUGGCCCCUCGUCCGCUUUACGAACGGCAUGGAGCUGCUUUGUGCGCCGCUGGCAUUCACGGCACAAGGAUUCAUCGGAAACAUCGAAGCACACAGGCUUCAAGUGCCUUUGAUUCUGUCAUGGGCUUUGUCUAUUCACAAAUCUCAGGGACAGACUUUAGACCGGGUGAAAGUUGACCUUGCCAGCGUGUUUGAGAACGGGCAAGCAUACGUCGCUCUGUCCAGAGCAAGGACGAUGGAAGGCUUGGAGGUGGUGAACUUUGACCCUUCCAAGAUCAGGGCUGACCCAAGGGUUGCAGCAUGGCAGGAAUUCUACACCUCGUUAGGAUGUGAUGACGAUGAUUUCAUGGACAGCGAGGAGGCCAUGCGUAGCUACUGGGACACCGAUUGA